AUGCCCGUCAAGAAAAGCCAAGCGGCGAGUCGCCGUGCCCCGCGGGACGAAACGCCGCUGUUGGCGCUGACGGAGGCGUCGCAGUCCCGUAACAUACCCCAGCACCGCGACAAAAAUCACAACGACGAUGGCAGCAAUAGUACCAGUAGUUCCUGGGCCAACAAGAAACGUAACGGCGCUGGUGGUUUGCGACGCUUGUUUGGAGGCAAGGCCAACAAGGCUGCGGAAAUUUCCUCAACUCGGACGACGCAAUCGCAACCAGCCGCAAAACGUACGUUAGACGUGCGGCGGUUGCCUGCAUUGGCCUCGUCGAGAGGGGCCGAGAAUACUGGCUCUGUCGCAACGCCAACGAUCAACAGCCCCAACAGUAACACUCAUUCGAAUCGACCGCACAACCGAAAAGGUAGUAUUAGCACGGCACAGCAUCAUCCUCAGCGACACGUACUGGCGCCGAAUGUCAAAGAUUCCUCCAAAAAGAAUAGACCCUUUCCGGCGCUUCUGUGGCACAACCCCCGUGCGGUUGAUCCCCCUGCACACGGGGAUGCAGACGACGCCGCUCUCGAGGACGUCACGUCCACACACACGGACGUUUUUGCCGACGAGAAAACGGACGACACUUCCAGUCAAGCCGUAGCGACAACGUCCGCGGAUACGUUAGACGCAUCCUUUUCGUUGACUGGUGAAUCGCACGCAUCGUGGGGCGAUGCUUCCGUCCAGCAGCCGUUGCACAAACUCUCCUCCCCGACGCCGCGAUCCCCCUCCCACGUUGCCUCGUGCUCUGCGCCUCGCACAACCGACCAACAGUACACUUCGUCUGCCACCAAGCAAUCCCUCGAUCCGGUCAAAGCCCUUCUCUGUCGAGAAUUUGGAAAGUAUCCCUUUCAUUCCACCAAUCCGUGGGUCGUUGAAGUGUCACCGGCUGAAUGGGACGAAGUGGUUUGGAAAUAUCGAGUGCUGGUGCAACGGCGGAAUCUGGUUCAAUCGUCAGCCGAGCCUGAACCCAGUGAAUGUCAGACCGCCCAGUCCUUCACCACGGCCUUUACCUGGCGAGACUUGUCCGAUUUUGCCUGGCUCGAAGCGUCCUUACGGAACGAAUAUCACGGCGCUCUGCUCAUUCCGCUAUUGAAUCUGAAACUGGGACAAGCCGUCGUUGACCCACAUACGCCAGUAGAACCAGAACCACUCCGCAGCUGGUUGUCGGACGUUUUGAACGGCACCCGGGGAAAUGGAGAAUGGCGACUUUCUUUCGAUUCGGGUUCCACCGUGCCACUGUCGGACCACGAAGAAAAUUUGCAAAUUAAUAUUUUGGAAUCGGAAAGUAUGGAAACGUUUCUGUACCACGCCGCCAGCCCCUUGCAAUCCUUGUCUACCGUUGAUGGUCCAGCCAUACCCUUACCUUCACGAUCAGCCGAGCCCCAAUCGGAAUCCAUUUUGCAAAGCUUUUGGUCGGCGGUCCCGUUGGGCUCUUUCUGUGGGGUCAAUGAGAUGGAACCCAACCACUCAGACCCGACGCUUUCAUCGCCAUCAAGGUCGGUAACAUCCAACUUACCCCUGAGUGUUUUGAACUGCUCCAGUCGCGCUUUAUCAUCCGCGCCUUCUCUGGAUAUCAUGGACUCCUUCGCCGAUAACGCAUCCUCCGUCGCGUCACCAAAAUACUCUUCAACGAUGGCCAUUCAUUCCGAAAGUAUCGAAGCCGAACGUACCCUGAUUUUAAACUAUCGACAGAUAGCUCUACACGCAACAGAACGCUUGCAAAUACUGUUGGACGAGGAGGAAAGACUCGGGACUGCCUGGAAGAGGCUUGCCGUUGCCAUCGCCCGCCUCUUUACCUACGAAAAGGAUGUAGAAACGACAAAACUUGGUGAACUCAAAAUUAAACGGGAAAACAUGCCCUACUGUGGAAUCGAUAAGAAUGCCGUGGACGAAGCCUUGCGAGCAUUGUCCCGACAAAAAACAGAUCGCGCCGUUCCAGCCUUGAAACAGGUCCAAGGCAUGUUGGCAUCGUAUUUGGCGGAUCUCAGUGCAGUCGAUCCAUCUCUGGAUGCCUACACUAGUGCUAUUGUGCAAUUGACUUCGUUGGAACAAGGACAACAACAGUCCGAGCAACGAGUAGAGCCGAGCGCGUCCUCCAUUAGAUGGGAAGAAAAAGUUCGUUUGAAGGUUGACGACGUAAAGAGACAGGCCAUGCGAUCACUGCACACGUCGACUGCGCCUACUUCACCAAAGCCACGAAUGGAUCAUCCGACGGAGACAGUCUUUCAACGACGUGCGCAGCAAGUCAAACUGCAAGGCGACGAACGUGUGCUGCGAUACACGUUGACGACAUUUUGUCAGGCUACGCCGUUGAGAACAGCCCGCAUGGCAUGGCGAUAUUGGAAUACAGAAGCCACGCAGUGCGCCCUGCUGAAUUCGGCAGCCAUUUCCCUGCGAUCAACGUGCAACAACGUCAGUAAGGACGCCGUCUUGGACAUGACAUCGCGUCAUAAAAUGCAGGAAAAGGAGGACAACAAAAAUGAAUUGAAUUUGCUGCAUCGGCUCCUGAACAUCGGUGUUAAUUCGAGGAAGUUUCCUCGACAACGCGACGGCGACUCUUUGAUUGAUGGCGGAUGCCGGAUUGAAGAUGAGGAUGAUCCUCGGGAAGUUAAGAAGGACAUAAGGCGGGUACAGGCGUUGCGGAUCGCUGGGGGACGGUUAGGGAAGUGGAAUGCCGAAUUGGCCCUGGCCAUCAUUGAAGCUGUCGGUGUUGACGACCCAAACAUUCGCGUAGAAGAGACUACUAAAGAUUUGCGACUAAUCCGAAAGUAUGCAAUUGGUCUACGUGAAAAUUUAAACAGAUGUGUUGAAGCCGUUGAGCUUUUGAAAGAAUCAAUGACAGGAGCGAAACCGGUACAAGGGAAUGCUGUGGAAGGCAACGGAGGCCUUCGUGAAAGCCGUGACGCAUUUUUGACGGAAAUUUCAAAAUUGUUUAGUGGUAGCUUCGUUGAUAUCGAAAACGUAGCCAAAAGCUCGUCACCGUCGAUUGCACUCUUAUCGAGAUUGAGUGUAGACACCAGUGAUCCUCUGAAUUGGAAAGCAUGUUUUCAGGCGGAGUCGAUUGGACCGAAGCAUGAUCUGAUGGGAGACCGCGUCGGCGAUUUUGCUCUAGCCUAUGCCAAGUUGAAAGACUCACAGACCGACCGGCUACUGAUGAUUCUAUCCGAUCUUCUUCAUGACUACUAUGAGCGUGUUGAAAUCGUAGAAAGCUUUGUUUACAUGGAGUGCGUCGGCAUUCAAUUGGAAAAAUACUUCAGCCAAAAGCGUACGCAAACGUUAACAAUGUUUGAGAAGCGGACAGACAUCACUUCGGCCAUCAAUGUUGCUACUCGGAAGCAGCUACCACAGCUUGCGAAAGACCUGCGCGAAAAACUGGAUGUUCUCGGCAAGGAAGUGACGCACACAGCUGUGAUGGAAACAAAGGAAGCGCAUUUGUUAAGCAAAUCGCUCAAAGUAGAGCUUCAUGAGCUCGCUCUUCGACGGUUAAUCCGAGCCCGAGAAGCUUCCACUGAGCUAGUCAUCUCGCUCAUCAUAAAUUGGGCGAAAGAGAACGAAUCGUCUGCAGCAAUGGAACUGAGGACACUGGGAAAUGCCAUGGCUGCUCUGGAGAAAGCGGUGGGGAAUGGCGACAUCGUUUUGCCAGGACAUCUUUCUGCCCGUCGUAGUACACCAGGAACCUCGUAG